AUGACGACUAGUAACCGGUUGGUGAGAUUAUAUCCGGAUGGGACUGUCCUGUUCAGUAGUAGGCUUACCAUCAAAGGCAAGUGUGCAAUGUCAAUGAGGAGAUAUCCACUUGAUCGUCAGGCAUGUCGACUUGUGAUAGGAUCCUAUGCAUACGGAGAAGAUGAACUGCUGUACGACUGGAGAGUGGUGGGAUUGGAUAGAGGAGUUCAAAUGGACUACGAUGAAAUCAAGGAGCUUGCCCAGUUCACAAUGACGGGAUUCCAAGUGUUCAACUCAACGAAUAUGACACGUGAUCGCAACUAUUCAGCUCUAGAAGUCAGGUUCUACUUCGAAAGGCAUUUCGGAUACUUUCUUAUCAACUUCUAUGUACCAUGCACGUUGAUUGUACUUCUCUGUUGGGUAGCCCUUUGGACGAAUCGCGAAGCUACCGGAGAUCGUAUAGGAAUGGGGAUCACUUCUGUUCUUACCAUGGUGCUGAUUUCCAAUGACAGCAAAUCAGAUGCUCCUAAGGUGAACUUCCCAACCGCUUUGGACAUCUACAUCUGGAUCUGUUACACAACACUUUUGAUAUGCAUGGUUGAAUUUACUGUAGUUCAUUACUUCACUAAGUUCAACACCGGAGAUCCAGAGAUACAAGCGGCUGAGAGGGAGCGAAUGCGGCGAAUAAUUAGAAGAAUUCCUAGAACGGCUGUACUCAGCAAUCGUCGACCACCGAGAAAAUUCCAUAUCGAUCAUCUUCGACCGCAAACAGGAAUGGGUCGCCGCACAGAUCCUUUCGGUCUGGCGCAAAAUUCUAUCAGCGCUGUAGAUCAGUUCUCGAGGAUUGCUCUUCCCAUAUAUUUCGUUGCUGUUGUCUUGGUGUACUACAACUUUUACGUAAACACACCAUAUGAUUUCAGAUUUGAUGAUGAGUUCACGACAAAUCCAGCGUAA